AUGGUCGGCAAGAGUAAGAAGAAGCGGAAUAGCAAGGAUUCCACUUCCAGUAAUGCUGGCAGUGGUGAGGGAGAUGAAAAGAAGAAGAAGGAUGGAGGUGGCGGAGGCGGCGGUAAGAAGAAAGGAGGCGUGGGCAAGUCCAUCGGCUGCGAUAUCUUCAACGAUGCUGCCAUGGAGAACGCCUACUAUGUGUGCCAUAAUGUCCAGGAUGUGCUCAAAUCACGGGGCUUCGCCUGGCCCGAUGGCCAAAAGAAGAAAAAGAAGGGAAAGCGCUGA